AUGACCAUGGCUUCACAACAAUACGAAUACUGGCAGCCGCAACAAGACAGCUACUCGCAACACCCACAGGCUUCUUACUACGAGUACGCCCCGCCGGACCUCACCAGCCUACCGAGCCUCAGCGCCUCACCAACCUCAACCGCAACGUUUGACGCGGCGGGCACACCCACCCCUGCCCCGCAGCAGCCCCAGCAGAUGCAGCACCCACAACAGCACCAGCAGCCUCUCUCCUAUCACCAGCGCAACACUCAGUCCCAGCCUCGCCACGCACCAUCCUAUCAUAGCCAGUUUGCAUAUGCCACCACUGGCGUCCCUGCCACCCCGACCGAAUUCAGCUCGGCCGAAGAGGCCGCCGCCGCCGCCGCCGUUGCUGCAGGAGCGGCCGCAGGAGGUUUGCCCAGCCCACCUUACGUAUGUUCCCCACAGCAAAACCACGCAGAUCUGGGAGCAUAUGCAACCGGCGGGCUCGAAACGCUCGAGACCGGCGUGAGUACGACGUCAACAACGACGUUUCCUUUGCAGAUCGUCAACGAGCAAGGCUUUGGACACGGACACGGACGCAUGCCGCCAGACAGGAGCGCUAGUAACGGGAGCACGUGGAGCGUUGGAAGCGGCAACGGAAGCAUCGGCGGUGGCGGCGGCGGAGCUGCAACGGCGAACGUUGAGCGGACGCAUGUGACGAGUGGAAUGGAAAACGUUCAGCGCCGCCGAGCACAGAAUCGCGCCGCCCAGCGCGCCUUCCGCGAGCGCAAGGAGAAACACGCCAAGGACCUCGAGGCCCAGCUGGCCGUCCUGAGCGACCGCUACGGCAGACUCGAGCAGUCGCACGCCGAGCUCAACACGGCAUACGAACGGCUGCGACGGACGUUGGAGCUCCUGACGGCACCGACGUCGCCGUCCUCGCCUUCUUGCUCGUCGGAGCUUUCGCCACCGGCUUCGUCGGAUGCUGACGCCGAUGGAGAGUUCGAAGUCGAGGGGUUGAUGCUGAACGCUGCUGGUGGCGGCGAGAUGGUUGACGUGGAGGCUCUGGCCAGGGGUUUGAGGAGGAGAGGCGAGUGGUUGGGGGAUAACGGCCAAAAGGAGGUGGUGAGGCGAUUGGUCGAGAUCUUGCACGCGCCGCCGCCGCACCCGUCGCCGCCGCCAUCAUCACAAUCGAGUGACCGGUUUGGAACGAGGAAGACAACCGCCGCGGAGGAGGAGAACGUGGUGGCAGGUAGGAGAAGGGGUGUGAAGUGCGAGAGUUGA